UGUACUUUUUGGACGUAGACAAGCAAAAAGAAGAGAUCUUGAAUCUUGAUUUAGAGCAUUUGAAACAUGUUAUCUGGAACUUUAAAACUUGGUGCUUCAUUUCCUAUAAUAUGCGUGAUAGUAGCUUAUCUUUAUAAACGUCAUUCAGAAGAGGCUGUUUUGCAAGAGAGGUUAAGAAAUGUUUUAGUCGGUCUUCUACAAGCGGAAAAAAAAGCAGUCGUUGAACCCAAGAAAGUUGCUGUUGGAUUUGGUGGCUGCGAAGAUAUUAUUACAGAUGGUUUAGAAUUAUUGAAACUUUUGAACUUUUCAGCCCCUGAAGUAGCUAUUCACCAAGAUUCUGUUCACAAUGAGUUUGAAUUAAUGCAACUGUUUGCUUACUUUUUCCAGCAUGGAGCAGCUGCAGAACGAUAUGUUGCAAAUGACAGUUUGUUUGAUGUCCUUGUUGAUGGUGCAUCCAAGCUCCCUAGACACAGAUGGUCACUUGGGGGUAAUGCACCAGCAAUGGCUCGCAGAUUUGCAAUGGAAGGUUUGAGUGUUGUCCUUGGGGCUAAAGUUUCUGCUUCUGUUAUAGAGGCUCUUCCAAAAUCUGUUAAAGUUAUAGGGAGCAUUGUUAAAAAAUCUGACAUUCAUCUGAUUAUGGAAUACAACACAAAUGACAAAUGGGGAAACUACACUUCACCAAGAGCUAAUAGGUUGAUAGUGCACAGUGAUAAUAUCAAUCCAUUCAUUGAUGGCAUGGAGGAAUUUAUUGAAGAAGUUGCUGCCUUUGAUCCAGCACUUGUUGUAAUUGGAGGGCUUCAGAUGAUGGAUAAUUUCCCUUAUGAUAACCCAGAAAUACGACAAAUUCGUUUGGCGAAGUUGAAAAGUUUCCUAAGUGAAGUCCCCAAAUCUACACUCAUACACUUUGAAAUGGCAUCCUUUACUGACCACGCUCUGCUCAAUGAAAUCAAAGAAAAUAUCUUGUGGUACUCAGAUUCUAUUGGCGCCAAUGAGCAGGAGCUGCCCAAUCUGAUCAGUUUGUUCAAAGGUGAGCCGGUCAGUCUGGUCUCUGACAGCUACCCCAGGGUGGCCACAGUGCUGGACCAGAUGAGAACACUUUAUCACCUGCUGAUGGACACCACCGUCCAGGAAGGUGGUAAAAGAAGACUUUCCCGUAUCCACAUCCACACUUUAGCAUUCCAAGCCAUCCUGACAAGGAAAGAUUCUAAGUGGAAGAACAGCAUGUCAGCGGCAGCUAAGGCGGCCUUAACCGCACACCGCUACACGUGUGGCUCGCAGGAUAUUGACACGGGCAAGGCCAGGCUCAUCAUGGACGACUCCUUCUCCCUGAGCAAGUCCACAGACUCCCAGAGAAUCGUGGUCAACAGCACCAGUCCUGUGUCCUGCUGGGAGGAGGACGGUUGUGAGUUCUGUGUGGCGCCCGUCCUUGUUUGUACACACAUUUUACAGACCUGUGGUGGGGGGGAUAACAUCUCAAGUGCCGGCCUGGUCCUGCAGAUUUAAGAGGUGACAUUGUGGUGGGGGGGAUAACAUCUCAAGCGCCGGCCUGGUCCUGCAGAUUUAAGAGGUGACAUUGUGGUGGGGGGGAUAACAUCUCAAGUGCCGGUCUGGUCCUGCAGAUUUAAGAGGUGACAUUGUGGUGGGGGGGAUAACAUCUCAAGUGCCGGUCUGGUCCUGCAGAUUUA